GGUGGAGGGAAGAACAAGUCAGAAAACUUGUAGCCAAAGUGUCUGCGGUGCAUCCUGGGAAAACCAACUAAUAUGGGGACGUGAAAGCAUGCAGGCUUUUCACUGCUCCACAUGACGGGAGAUGAACAACAAUUAACCACUAGGAAGAAGGAGGAGGGAAAACGGCACAUUUUAUCCAAAAUAUUGCAGCCGAACUGUAGCCACGGGACCCGGACCUUGCUGCUACCAUGUGUGCCCACUGCUCCACGAAGCUCCGCCGGGGAAGUGAAUCCUUCACCGGAUGAUGGACAGGAUUUACCCGACUUCCAGCUUCGCGGACGCGCUGGCUUCACCAGCACACACCGUAGCUUCGUGGGCCUAUGACCGCAGCUCAGCGACUAUCAAACCGAGUUCCAGUUAUGUUGCGACAAAUAUCGACGCAGAGCUUCUCUCGCGGCAGAGCUUCUCCUCCAUCCACCAGCUUCCUCCCUACACUACAUCACACCCUCCUGCUGCAGCAGGGACUCUUGACUCAAACAGCAACAGUUCUGAGAGCUCAAUCAUGAGCUUCCUGUCAGCCAUGGAGUCCAGGAGCCUUCAGGCUGGUCCUGUUAGUGCCUCACUGCUGUCUUCAUAUAGACCACCGUCAUGGCCUGUUUGUACAAACUCUUCCACCACAGAACUCUACUUGACUGGUGCUCUGCCUUCCACAGCCACUUUUCCUUCGCCCGCUGCUUUGUCCACCUACCAACACACCGGUGCCUACCCCUCCAGGAGUUACACUACCAACCCUUCUUUGUCUCUCCAGGACCCAGCCUUCAGCACUUCCAGCAAUGGCCUUUUUUCUCAUCACGACCCCCUCCUGCAUCUCAAAUCUAGCCAGACCGUACUUCCCACUGCCCUUGCCUUCAAUCCUUUGUCUUGCCCUACUCUGGGCUCUACACUACCUGUCCAGUCGUCCACUUACCGCUCAGCCCAGGAGUCAGCCCCACACCUGCUACAACCCCAGUUCAGUCUGCUCCCUUCUGCCCUCCCUGCUCCUCAUAGUGCCCCACAGCCAUAUGCAACCACAGUAUUUUCAGGUUCUAUUGAAAGAGCUCUUCAACGUGAAUGUAGUGUGAUCAAACACCACCAGAGGCCUUCCAGUAGCCACGCAGCCUCAGAGCAGAUGUCCACAUCAGAACACUCCUUACCGGGCUAUUUUGGCUCUGGCUCUGAAGCUGAUGUGUCCUACCAACAGGACCCCUCCCAUCAGAGUCAAGUAUCCUGUAGCCCACCAACAGUGAAUUCAUCUCAAGGGGUCAACAGGGCUUCACAACUCAAAACGGACACAGUUACUCAGACGUUUUCCACCAUUACUGUGCCAAAGGACAGAGACGGCUCUGGCAAAGUGGCCCCUCACCCACCUGGAGGUGAGGAGAACCACAGCCACACUCGGAGCCUGUCAGGUGAGUCUCCCGAGCAAUAUUCUUCCCCAGGCCAGAACCAGAACCCAGUGAUUUCCAAUCAGCAGUCACUUCACUUGUCCAACCUCAUGUCUAGCAGUCUGUCUCAGUCCUAUGUUACUGCUGAGACACAGUCAUCGCCCUCCAGCUCCACUUCAUCUCUCUACAAGACUAUGCCCGCCCUCCCCAGCCAAUCUCCCAAUGUGGCAACUGUUAGUCAAACCCUUGUUUCCUCCACCAGUCCUGGCUUUAGCCAGGAGCAGGAGGUUCAUUAUAGAGCCCAGGGCCAGAGCUUGUGUCAGGGUAAUCUCUCCGACAGUUACCCCUCUUCUCACUCUCAGGGUACUCCAAAUGUGACGUUUUCAUCCGAGUCACAGGAGCAUGCCUCUGUGACUCAGAGCUACGCUACAGGACAAUCCCUUAAUCAAUCCCUGAACUCCUCUUACGCAGCCACAUGUGUGAGGAGUCUGCCUGCAUCCAAUUCAACACAGGACUACAACCUCAUGCAAACCUCAGCAGGAGGUAAAGCAAAUGACGCACUGUCCCAGGAACACACACAGCCACAAAAAUAUGUUUUUCCUGCGCCGCAGCCAACAUAUUCUUUAGCUGGUCAAACCUUACAAAACAACAUCAGAUGUUCCGUGUCGGACAUAAAGCCAACGUAUAGCAAACAGAAACUGGAAGAGCUUCCGAUGCAGGACCUAGAGGCUCUUCAGCAGGCAGCUAUGGAGGGUUCUGCAGCAGAUCAUAAUAUUCUAGGCCACAAUGUCAUCUAUGUUGUUUCAAAAAUGGACGAACAUCACAAAAUGCAAAGUGUUAUACGAAGCAAUUCACGGUCCGAUGACCAGCUUGUGGGUCUGACUCAUGCGCACACAGAACAGAUAAAGAAUGAAAGAAUGGGUUCUUUGAGCCAACACCAUAUUUAUUUGAGCAGUGAUAAAGACAGUGUAGGUUUAAAAUCUGCCAACUCCAGUAUUAUAUCUUCCCAUGGUCUGAGCGCAGAUCAACUGAAGCAGCACUCUCUCCAGCUCAAAUCCUCAGAGCCACAUCAACAAAACCACCAGAAUCAAACUCAGUCCCAAAGCCAGACCUCGGUAGCCGCCACUCAGUUUAUCACAGUCCCCAGCAGUCAAGUUCUUCUAGAGCCCAGUCAGAUGAUUCUGCUUCAGCAGUCCAUCGUCCACCAAGGUCAGAACCCUUCAAAGAUGUCUCGGGGCUUGAGCCCUGUUCCUGUCCAGUAUCGAGAACUACUUGGUCCCACUGUCACGGAAACCCACAGUCAGCAGGUGGCAGUGGUGUCUGAGCAGAACUCAGGAUGUUCUGAUGCUGCUAAACACCAUUACAGCCAUUCGGCCAAUCAGCAUUCCAACGAUGCCAAGAACCAGUUCACUCUCAACUCCAUUUGCUUCCCUGACUCCAUGCUACUCGGAGAUGACCGAAAUAUUUUGUCGAAUGUUGACGACAUUCUAGCUGCCACUGUCGCAGCCUGUGGUGUCACACCACAAGACUUUGUCAAAGCCGCGUCAACCGCCGAGGCAGAGAUGGCGGUCAUGACAAGUCUCUCGGAUUCGAAGGGCCACUACCAGACUGUGGAAAUGAACAGCAUGUCAACAAACUUCUCUGCUGCAGCACAACAGCAAAUCAUCACCAACACUAACGCUCACACGUUGACCAUGACACUAAAUGGACCACAGAUGGCUACGGACCCUCAGUCUGUUCACCACAGCAGUGGUUCUGAAAUCAACGCCAACGGAGAAAGACGAAGCUCUGACGCCGAUUAUCACCUAAGUGGGCAAGUGUAUGACCCCUCCCAUCUGCAGGGGAGAGUUAAUGCAAGUGUCAAAUGUAUCAAAACAGAGGACGACAGUGGAGAAGAGUUCCCCAAAAAGAAGGCUCGCUCCAAAAGUAAAUCCAUUGGUUCUAAGGAGGACAGUGGACAGGCCAGAGCGGCCAAGCGCAACGGUCAAACCAAGCACAUGAACAACAGGGUUGGUGAUGUCGGCUCACCAUCUUCUUCUUCCCAAAGUGUAUAUGAUGGUUGUCCACAGCAGGAGAGGAUCAGGCAGAAGCUCCGUGAAGUUGAAGAAAAACAACCGGAGAUCAAAACUGGCUUCAUCGGCUCCUUCCUGGACUUCAUAAAGUCUGGCCCCAAGCAGCAGUUCUCGCCGAGUCCCACAAGAACUAUAAGCCGACCCAAAAAGGUGGUCACCCUGUCCAAACCACCUUCUUAUACUCUGCCACCUUUGCCACCCAAAGUGCAGAGUCUGCCAGUGCCUGUGAUUUCCCAGGAAAGUCCAUUAGUGACCUCUCAGCAGAAACGUCUGAAUGAAGAGCUGCAGAAAAACUUGGAGACGCUCCCGUCCUUCAGCUCAGACGAAGAGGAGAACACUGGAAAGAACCAGGCCCUGAGGAACAGCAUCAGCUCAGCACUGUCAUCUCUGGACGACUCUUCAGAAAAGAAAACACGAACAGACAUCCAGGUCCCUGGUUUGAUCAUGAAACCACACCAUGUGGCCAUUGUGCCACCUGCAAUAAAAGAGACACUUUUCCCACCGCUUAUCACUCCACAAACCACAGCCAUGGUCACCGGAGGAUCUACAGUUGCUGCCACAGAGGACACUAAAGAGGACGCACCAGACAUGGCCGCCAUGCAGCUGAUGAGUGUGGCUAUAGAGGGACUGACUGAUGAAGAACUGUCUGACAGCGGGGGAGAGGGAAUGUACCGGGAGAGAGACGAGUUUGUGGUCAGAAUUGAGGAUAUUGAAGGUUUAAAGGUGACCAUGACAUCUGGGGCUGAGCCUCCUGCCAUCUGGAAAGUCCAGAAGGCUCUGCUGCAGAAGUUUGUGCCUGAGCUCAGAGAUGGGAAGAGAGUUUUCUCAGCUACAAACAGUUAUCUUGGAUACUUCGGUGAUGCAAAAACCAUGUACCAGCGUGUCUACGUGAAAUUCUUGGACACAGUCAACAAAAGGGAAUACGUCCGUGUUUGUAGUCGGAAACCUCGAUGCAAACCCAUGAACUCCCUGAGGGGAGUUCAGGUGAAGACCCUGCUGGGCCUGACCGCCAAUACUUCACCAAUCAGCCAGAGCCAAAAGGCUCGACCCAAACACCCUAAACCAAAGGCGGAGCCUCCGCCUAAGAAGAGGAAGAAGUGGAAGGAAGAGUUUUCCCCUGCUCCAUCUGCUUCAUCUGCAGAGGAAGGUGCAGAAGAUAAUGGGUCCAACCCUUCAGGGCUGUUAAAUCUACGAGUUCUCAACACACGACACAUGAAGGAGACGUUCAGGAGUUUUGUAGAGCUGCUGAUUAGUGUUGCCUUAGACGAAGAUGUGAUGACAGCGUUGGAGAGGGCCAAUGACGAGUUGCUGCUUCCACAUAUGAAAAGAGUGGAAGGGCUGAUCACUGACAACAGGAAACGGCUGCUCCACAAACUGCACAUAGGUCAGGUCCUCAAGACGGCCCUUGACAGCUUCCCAGAGAUCUCAGUGGUGACAGAACUGAAGAAGGACGGAGAAACCCCGGCCUUCAAGGUGCGACUGAGUGGGAAGGCCUACAACAAGAAGACCAUGAAGCCUUACAAGAUGAACAACAAAGUGCCACAGGAGUAUACAGUGGACCAGCAAAAAACGCAAUGGUUUUCUUUGUACCACUCUCUGCAGCAUUACAAAUACCACACAUACCUCAUGUGUAAAGACGAGAUUGCAUCCCUCAGGGUGCAGACGGGUGACCUGGGUCAGGAGGAAACUGUGCAGAAGUGUCUGCAGAACGGAGCUUGGGUGGAAGGGCUGUUUGAUCGCUUCGGAGAACUGAUCAGUCAAGUGCAGCAGGCCUGCCAGUGAUGCAACAUCAGGGGUUGGUUUAAAAAAAAAAAAAAAAAACAAAAAAACAAGAACUUGAAAACACAGGACGGCGUACGUCUUUCCUUCUAGCCAUGCAGAGAUUUGAACCAGGAACAGUAGACUUUUCUUGGAGACAUUUGGAGGUUAACAGUAGGACAGCAGUACUAUUUACAGAAAAGCAGUGGAGGACGAGGACUUGUCUGGGACGACUUGGGAAGAUCCGGACAUGGUGUCUCUCACCGCCUUGUAGCUUUUGUUUUUACAAAACUAAUUUUAUGGCCCUUUAAAAAAAACAAAAAAACAUUUUAUUGUUAUUUUAGCUAAAUACAUGAUUGUAACCGGUGAGUGUUCACUAGAUAGAAAGCCACUGGCAAAAACGUAGAGCACAGGAUAUAAACUUCAGGAACGCACGUUCAUUUGUAACAAGCCUUCAUCUGUCAUUUCAUUUGGAGGCUAAGAGAUGCUAUAUUGUAAAAAAAAAAAAAGUCUAUACAUUAUAUAUUACCUAGUUGUAUACUGUUUUGUACAUUUUUGUGGAAUGCCAACAUAUAUAUAUAUAUAUAUAAAUAUAUAUAAAUAUAAUGUACAUUUGUAUAAAAAGACCAGGUAGGUGGGAACUGUAGCAGUUUUUAGUAAAAAGGUAAAAGUAUUAACACAGUUAAAACUGUAUCUAUAUUGUGGUUAAACUUAAAUAAUCCUUUGUUUAAACAAAAAAAUCUAAACAUUGCAGUUUUGCUGCUACUUUUCUGAAAUUUACAUAAUCAACUUUUAUCAUUGCCUUGAAUCAUUAAGAAUAAUUUUCUAAACAAAUAUCUUUAUAUUCCCUGACAAACAUAGCUCACUAUUUGACGAAUAGAUAUAUAUAUAUUUUUUGACACAGGUAAAUAUUGUUUUUAGGACACUUUUUUAACAGUUGGUUCUUCAUAGGCCAGUCACGUGUUUUAAGCUUUCCUAUUUGUAAAUAAAUUUUUCGCAUGUAUU